ACCAAACACAUCUUCCUUACCGGCGGCAGCGGCUUUGUCGGCCAAACCCUAAUCCCCCUCGCCAUAUCCAAGAACUACAAAGUGCACGCGCUAUCCCGCACGCUCACCACCGACGAAACGCUCCUCUCACUAGGCGCAGUGCCGAUCCGCGGCGAUCUCACUUCCCUGGCCACCCUCAGAGAGGAAACACGUCUCGCCGACGCAGUGAUCCAUCUCGCGACGGCGUAUGACUUCAGCAAGACGCCGUCGUACGAUGACGUGAUUCAUAUUGACAUCGCGGCGUUGGAUGCGAUCGCCGAGGAGGCAGCGGGGACGGGGAAGCCGGUGGUGGUAACGUCGGGAACGCUGGUUGUGGAUGCUGAUCCAGAUGGAAAGGAGACGGAUGAGGCGGGGGCGUGGGAUCCGAAGCCGUUGAAUUCGAGGGGCAAGAUGGAGACGUAUGGGAUGGGGUUGGUGGAGAGGGGGGUCAAUGUGAGGUGUGUGCGGCUGGCGCCGUAUACAUAUGGGCGUGGAGGGAGUGGGGUGAGACGGUGGAUGGAUCUGGCGAAGAUGGUUGGGAGUGUGAUUUGUGUGGAUGGUGGGGUGAACCGGACGACGACGGUGCAUGUGGAGGAUGCGGCGGAGUUGUACUUGGUGGUUGCGGAGCGGGGACGCGCGGGGGAGGUGUACAAUGCGAGUGGGGAUACCACGGUGACAGCGAGAGAGAUUUUCGAGGCCGUGGCGGAGAUCAUGGGGGUGGAGGUGAGGGAUUUGGACUUUGAGACCGCGAAGGGUCAGUUCGGGGAGGUGUUGGCGAGGUUUCUCAGUGUGGAGAAUCGCGCAUCGGGGGAGAAGGCGAGGAGGGAGCUGGGUUGGGAGUUGAAGGGGCGGGGGAUUUUGGAGGACAUUCGUGAGGGAUCUUACAGACAGGUUGCAGAGGAGAUGAGGAAGUAG